AAUAAUAAUAACAAUAAUAAUAAUCCUGUAGAGCGAGCCAGGGAGAAUCUGCCCUCAUCAAACAUGGCGGCGCGCGCUCCACUGACGUGCGGUCAGGGCAAAGGGAUGUGACGUGCGCGCGUCACGUGACCGGGAGCGAGCGAGAAAGAACCAGCCUGCCUGCCUGCCUGCCAGCCAGCGAGCGCGAGGGCAAAUCCUGGUUGCCGUGGGACACCGCCGGUGGUAGAGGCCGAGAGCUGCGUCACACAGCCGGGGGGGGUGGGGACCGCCAUCUUGGAAAGCCAGCCAUGGGGCAGUGCGGGGUCAUCUCCUCCAAGACCGUGCUGGUCUUCCUGAACCUCAUCUUCUGGGUGAGUCGCCGUUAAAACCAUCGGAUUGUUAUAACCUCCAUACAAACGGUGCCUGGGAACUACAGCUCCCAUGAUGCUCAGCCAUCCCCCCAGCUGGACGAGCAUCAUGGGAAAUGUAGUGCACAGCUAGCUCUGUGCUCGUGUCUGGGUCUGCCAGCACCGCUCUGUGUGAUCUGCAGCGCGGUGUGAGCCCCAGCUGGUGUCAGGGGAGGGCCACGUAGGCUGUGGAGCAGAAAUGGCCCAACGCAGAGUGACAGCUGUAUGGACUACAACUCCCAGAAUGCGCUGCCAAUGCUGAGACUGACAAGGCAUCACGGGAGUUGUAGUUCUAGAACAGGUUGGUAUUUUUUUUUUCUCUCCUUUUUUUUUUUUGGCCUCCUCUGUUAUAGACAGUUUGUGAUUUUGUGUGCCUUAUGAGCUUGUUGUAUUGUGUGUUUUUCCUCUUAGUGUUUUUUUUGUUUUAUUUAAGGGGAAAGAAAGUGUUUGGGGUUUUUUUUAUUUUAUUUUUUUAUUGUUUCCAAAAGAAAUGCUCAUGCUGUUAACUAGAUCACCCCAUAGUAGCAGUGAAAGGGUUAAAUUAAGCAACAUGUCAGGCUAAGUGGGGGUGGGGGUUUGAUCCCUGGCCAUUGAUUGGCCAGACUGCCUCUCUGUGUGUUGUUGUUGGCGAAAGAAAUGUUCAUGCUGUUGACUAGAUCACCCCAUAAUAGCAGAGAAGGGGUUAAAUUAACCCCUUAAGGACCAAACUUCUGGAAUAAAAGGGAAUCAUGACAUGUCACACGUGUCAUGUGUCCUUAAGGGGUUAAGCAACAUGUCAAGUUAAGGGGGGUUAGAUCCCCAGCCAUUGAUUGGCCAGCCUGCCUCUCUGUGUGUUGUGAAUGGCAUUGUGAAGUUGCUAUGUAGGAUGUGCCUUUUGUGUUUUGCAUGGCUAAGUGUAAUUCCAGAUUGUCAGCCUGGAGGGGAUCAGUUUCACCAGAUGAUCCGCACUGAAAUCUUAUCAUCUCUGUUCUCAAUGCACUCCAGCUUCAGGUUUUCUGGGACAGGUGAAAUGAAAAUUCUAGAACAGUCAGUCCACUGUCACUUAGACACAUUGUCCUCAAGCAGAAACAAUGUGUGGAGUGAUGUGUUGCAAUAUAAAAACCUUGGCUGGAAUUUACCUUAAUGCUUAAUUCUAUAAUGAAAAGAUACACUUGGUAUUUUCUAAUCCUUUGCAUCAAUGCUCAUGUGUUGAAACAUAACUGUUUCACGGUUAGCAAUUCUUGUGUCCGUAUAUGACUUAGUAGCUUCUUUAUUUUCAUAUUUUGCCGUGUUUAAACAUUUUUGUAUCUAAUAUAGUGAAAAUUAUUAGAAGUUAGAAAAACUUAACAUUCUGCAGAUUUGUACAAUGGAUGUGUGAGACAUAAAUUUAUUUCAAGACAAGAGUGAUUUACAGGAAAAAGAGGCGAUGCGGUCCCUCCUUCAAGUCUUACCAUCUGAAGGAAGUGGAGUAGAAUUACACAAACGGUAACACUAAUGUCCAUUGUAUUCAGAAUGGAUUAAUAGACGUCUGUAAACAGUUUGAGCUGGGAGUAAUGAAAAUAAAAGGGAAAGAAGUUAAAUGCUUAGUUGAUAUGCCGCCUAAAAGCAGUUUUUUUUUGUUUUUUUUUCUAAAGCUUUCUUGAUAGAUUGGAGAUUAGGGAGAAGAGAAUUCAAUGGUGGGUGCAGUCCUGUGAGAGUUUUGUAGGUGAGCGUUUUUAGUGCAGGUGUGAACAAUGCAGGAAGGCAGUCAUGCAACAUGUAUGUAUUGUGGACGAUAUGUAGAUUUUAAACUGUUAUAGGUAACAACUUGCAGGGUUAUAUACUAUAGUGAGAAAUUCCAGUAAUUCCACAUUUACGGCCAAAGUAGCCGAAUUGGAAACAUAUCCGAUUUGUAGACAUUUUCCAGUUUAGUUCUUUUGGCUUUAGAUUUGAAAUUUGCUUUGAAAUUCUGAUUAUUAUCACUUUAGUGAAUAAGCCGGUUCAAUUUGAAAUUCAUCCCUAAAAUGCAUUGUGAGCCAGUGUAAGGAAUGACCGGAUUAAGCGUGCAAUAUUGGGAAGCUCUAGCUACUAAUUUAUUUUGCACUGGAAGUGGGCAAUCUGGGCUUGUAGUAGUCUAAGCGGGAUAUAAUUAGAGUAUGGUAUAUAAAUUUUAGUUGCAUCAUAAUUUCAAAUGAAAGCAGCAGACUCUGAAGAAUCCUAUGAGUGACAGGUCACCCAGGAUGUGUUGCUCGCGAUUCAUCCCCUCGCUUCCAGUAAGUCCUUCAGAGUCAUUCUCUUCAGUCACUCACAGGAAUUCUCCAUCCGCUGAUCCAUUUACUCCUUCAGGGAUCGCUUCCUUGCUCCAGGGAAAGGGGACAUCCCACUGCCGCCACCAGAUGUAGCGGACCGCUCCUAGGUGACCGGUGUGUCGCUGCCAAGAACUCCCUUUCCUCCUUAGCGAAUACUUCUCGAUUGAUUCUAGCUCAACCCUGGUCAUUAACUGAGGCUUAAUCUAAGGGUAAAACAAGUGAUUUAUUGGAGUGACUGCCACCUUUUUUAUACUUGGUUCCCCAACAUGGUGUCACCAAAAGAGCAAUGACAUUUCGCAAUACCUGGCGCCUGGGUGUCUGUACCUGAAGAGUUAACUUUAUUAAUGGCCAGACACCUUGGCACCAAACAGUAAUACACCCUGAAAACAGGUGUUCCUGUGCCCACUUCCCCAAACUAGUGCCAUCACUGGAUAGCUCUCCCAUAGAAAGAUGUUCAGUCUAAAAAGCACUUGGAUUAGAAACAUGACGGCAGAUGAGAACCAUUUGGCCCGUCAAGUCUGCCCAAUUUUCUGAAUACUUUUAUUAGUCCCAGGCCUUAUCUUAUAGUUAGGAUAGCCUUAUGCCCAUCCCACGCAUGCUUAAACUCCUUUAAGCAUGCGUAGGAUAGGCAUAAGGCUAUCAUAACUAUAAGAUAAGGCCAGGGACUAAUAAAAGUAUUUAGAAAAUUGGCCAGGGGAUUAGAGGUACCAAGCAUGAAUAUUCAGCAUGAUGAAUUUUGACAGGGCCACGAGCAUCCUUUGAUUCGACGCAAAGUUCCAUAGCGCUGGGUGGAAAGGUCCGGUCACUUUUGAUGACUGUACUUUAAGUCGGUACAUUGAACUCCCACAAGUCCUUGGUGUCUUUCGAUGCCUCACUACCUCCUCUAUCACCCCUCAAAAUGGUGCUCUCUUUUGUGGUCCUGGGAUCCAGAGCGACCUCAAUAGAGUUAGACCUGGAGUUUCAGGAGAUUUCAGGUUCCCUGCUGGUCUCUUAGUUCAUCUUGGAUGCUGGAUAGGAGCACUGAGCUGUGAGGGACGUCCUGGAGGGGGAGUAAGUGAUAAUAGCGAUAUUGGGAGAGGGUGACCAGGUGGUCUGUAACAGACAGCAUGUAAGAAGUGAAAGAAAAGUGGAGAGAAGGUGACCCAAAAGCAGGAUACUAACAAACGAAGAGGAGCAUUUUAAGGAGAAACUUCUUUUAGUCUAUUGGAUAAUAAUGUAUGGAUUUAUAUCCACAAACCAUAAAUUGUGGAUAAAUGUCAAGGAAAUUGCAAAUUUUAGACCAAACUGUGAUGUCAUAACUUGUCAUCGCGCUUACUGGAAAGAAUAAAAAGAUUUCUAUAUCUAUCUCACACUUUUUUUUAUCUUUCAUUAUAUGUGAUGCAUAGAAAGAGAGAGAGAUUGCAUAUGUUAUGUAUUGGUACAACUUUGUUUACCAGUGUAUUGUUUUUGUUUCAGGCUAAUGUGCUGACUUUGCUUGUUAGUACAUAUAUCAAUAAUCAUAAAGGCUUUCUCCAAACAUCAUAGCUACUACAACCUGAAAAUGGGGCAAACAAUUGUACAGUUUCCCCUUAUUCUUCUUGGCACCGUGUCUCCUCUGUGGGCAAUUUUUUUUAUAUCCAGCUUCAAAGCUUCAAAAGACGGGUGUAAGUCUUACCACUAAUUCGUUGGCUGAGAGUGGCUCUUUGAUUUGAAAUUUACGCCUCUGGCAGCAUUUCACAGCAAAGUGCGGCAUAUACACAGUCCCGGAACCACUUCAAAUCAGUGCAGUGGCAAUGGUGCUUGCAGUAACUCCUUAAGCUAUACGCUCCCUACAAUAUGUAGUUUAUAUUUCAAUCCUGAGGAAAAAGUGGAUUUGCAGUUUUGCCUGUUUUACAAGUUUAUCUUCCUAUUUCCAUUUAAAGGGACACUAUAGUCACCAGAACAACUACAGCUUUAUGUAUUUGUUCUGGUGAGUACAGCCAGUCCCUUCAGGCUUUUUGAAGUAAACCUCGUCUUUUCAGAGAAAAGGCAGUGUGUACGUUACAGCCUAGGGACACCUCCAGUAUCCACUCCUCAGGUGGCUGCUAGAUGUGCUUCCUGGGGCAGUGCUGCACUGACAUUCAGUGUCUCUACCCUCCGCAUGAAGUCGCUUAGCAUCUCUAUGAGUAGAUGCUGUUUGGCUUGAGCUGGUUCUGCCCCUGAUCUGCCUCCUUGACAAGCUCAGCCAAUCCAAUGUGAAAGCAUUGUGAUUGGCUCAGAACACCACUUCUAAAUAUGUCAGCCAAGCAUGCAGAUCAAGGGCAGGGCCAGCAGUAGCAGACUGGAAUAAAGUUAAGAUUUUAUUAUAUUUAGGACGGCAGGGGGCUAGUUAGUGAUUUUAGCACUAUAGGGCCAGGAAUACAUGUUUGUGUUCCUGACCCUAUUGUGUUCCUUUAAAGGGACUCUCCAGUGGCAGGAAAACAAACCAUUUUCCUGGCACUGCAGGUCCCCUCCUCUCCCACUCCCCAUCCCAAGCUGCUGAAGGGGUUAAAACCCCUUCAGUGACUUACCUGUAUCCAGCACCAAUGUCCCUCGGUGCUUGUUCAGGGACCGCCCACGCUCCUCCUCCGCCGACGACAUCCGGCGGGGGAGACCUAAUGCACAUGCGCGGCAAUGCCACGUAUGCGCAUUAGACCUCCCCGUAGGAAAGCAUUGAAAAAUGCCUUCAAUGCUUUCCUAUGGGAAUUUCAGCGACGCUGGUGAUCUUCACAUAGCGGGAGGACGUCCAGCGACGCUAUAACACACGGAAUGUGAAAAUCUGUGCUAGAAACCCGGAGGUGCCCUCUAGUGGCUGUCUAGUAGACAGCCACUAGAGGAGGAGUUAACUCUGCAAGGUAAAUAUUGCAGUUUUAUGAAAAGUGCAAUAUUUACAGUUGCAGGGUUAAUGAGCAGAAGUGGUCUGGGUGCCUGGAGUGUCCCUUUAAUGUUUGGACUCUGGCGUUUGUACUUGCUAACCUUACAGCUGUUUUAUAAAAUGUUGCAUUACCCUAACUUUUGAAACAUAUCCUGGAGAGUAUUCUUUUUUACCAGCAGCCAUAAAGCACAUGAGGUUUUUUUAAAUGUAAUGACAAUAUUUUUGUUACUCAGCACAAUCAUUUUGGUUUUUAGUUGUACUGUGCUUGUUCUAAAGGAAGACUCUAAUGUUAAAUAAGUGUUUGUUUUUUUCUGUUAAUGUUACAGGGAUUCCAUUUUUAUUAGAAAUCUGUAUAAAUACACAUAAAACCUCGAGUUUAUAGCAAGUUAAUUCUUAUCAGUAUUAUGGAACACUUCAAACGUUUCACACCAGUGGACUGAAAAUAAUUCUAUUUAGUUUGUAAUCACUGUCCAAGGUUUUUAGUUAGGAAACCUUUCUAAUUCUCAGUAACUGAGCUUGGCUAAAUAAUUCAUUAAAUCUUAGGUCAAGAAAUGUAACAAUUACCGGGGUGCUUUGAGCAACAUAAGCCGCAUAGCUCAGUGCAUGGUGCUAACCCGCUCCUCCACUCUGGGCCAGUCAAUGUCCUCCAUGGUGAACGAAAAGGACAUUGAUAAUGUGAAAGAAUUUAAGGAAUACUUUAAGCACAAUAACCUCUAUUGCACACUUUAGUGGUUAUGGUGCCAAGAGUACAUUGACAUGACCAUGAUGGUACCAUUGCAAAGGGGGGUGGGGGGUGGUAUUAUCAUGAGUCAUAUAAUGCAGCUAUUAAAUGUUUUGACUUCUUGCAUGGGUGGGCAUCAGGGCGCUCCUGGCUAAUGAUGUUGUUGGAGUGUUCUUUUAAUUCUGCAUUAUCAAUCUGACCUCGAUUGGAUAUGUCCCUGCGUUCCAUAAAAAUUCCAAGCUCAUAUCAAACCAUCUUUAAAUGGCUUUACACUAAACCAGCGGACAGUGCCGAGGCACUCAAGGCAGUAUGACCAUUACAGGGAAUUGUAACUGUUAAUUUGUUUAGAACAGGGCUGGACUGGGGGGAAAGAACUGUCCCGGACAUUUUAAAAUCAGAACGGCCCAGUGGGAGGAUGCUAGAUGUGUGGGCAUGUUAUGCCAUCUCCAAGCAGCAGUUACUGUAUUAUCAUAAAUGCUGGUUAACAUCAUGAACUUUAUUAAAUGGAAAAUAAAGCAAUUCAUGUGUUGCAUAUUCUCCAGAUGUUUGAUAGAUUAAUGAUGCCACACAUGAAUCCAGUUUCUAUUAAAAUGGACAUCACUUCUGCAGAUGUGCCAAAAUGUCAUACAGAUAGUCUGUAAAAUUCUCCUUUCUAGUGUUUAGAUGACCUUGUAUUCCUAUUUUGUGUGCGCUACGACAUGCAUAUUGCGUACUGGGAGCAUGCAUGAUGCUUCAUGUAUGUUUUAUCUUUAUAAAGGAGCAGAAAGCAGGUAGUUUAUAUGUAGUUUAUCCUGAGUUAUACAUCACAGUGAUAUCUACCUCUUCACUUGCUUUAUAUAAUUGUUUAGUGCUUCUCUGUGUUUGCGACACCCUUGGCACCAGAACCACUGCAUCUGUUUGAACUGGUUAUGAUGCUAUGCGUUUCUGUGUACCGUACCCAGUUUCCAUUUUUUUGACUGACUGGUGGAGCUCCUUCCUGGCCUGGGAGGGGUCUGAUAAACGCCGGGUCUACCUGUGCAGAUGUUACAUUUUGUUGACUUUGCAGUUUUUUUGUUUUAUUAAGAAAAAAAUGUUCCUAUUAAUAUGGUUCUGACACCUGUUUUAUUUAUAUAUGGGUCCUCCUAUAUACGCUUUCACAUAUAGGAGCAAAUAACCAAUAACUCCUUUCAGUGGGAAUGAGAUAAGUGCGCUGCACGCACCAGUUGAAAUAUCUUUAUUGAAUAUGUUUGUACAAUUGGGAUGUGGUUAGGCCAGAGUCCUGUAGGAGAGAUUAAUGUAUUGAAUGUCUAUUCAGUAAAUGGUGAACCUCUCUGCAAACCCUGAACAAUGUGUGUGAUUGUACUACCACAGUACCUUUGCAAUUUCUGCUCUCUGUAAACAGACUUACCUUCCAACGCCCGAGGGAAAGGGAGAUUGGUUCUUGUUAAUUAAAUGUUAACCAUCAUAUUAUUUUAUAGCGUAGAACCUCUUGCCACUAUGUUUUAUGCGGAGGUGGGGUGAUUUAAUAGACAUGUUUGUUUAUGUAUAUAAAUAUUGCAGCACUCUUUUUGGUUAAUGCUGACUCCAAAAGUGCGUCGGGCAAGCGUAUGUUGCACAUUAUGCUUGUUUUGGGUUCACUAUGGUGAUGUGACCCGUGAUACCUUUUAUUCUCAGUUAGGUUGCUUUAAUUUGACAUGGGUAAGUAGGAUCUCCAGUGAGAUUUAUCACUGAACUCCAGGGUUACAGUGUCUGUUAUCUAUCGGCCAUUUGGAAGAGAAAUUAUUUGAAGUGGAUAGACCUCACCUAGAAUAGUUAAAUGGACACUAUAUAGUCAUCAGAACAACUACAGUAUAUUGUAGUUGUUCUGGUGAGUAUAGUCAUUCCCUGCAGGAUUUUUGCUGUAAACUAUUUAUUUUUUUCCCCUGAGAGAAUGCACUUCUCAGAGGGCUACUAGAGGUUUUUCCUGGGGUGCAACACUGACAUUCAGUGUCUCCUCCCUCUGCAUUGAGACACUGAAAUUUCCUCAUAGAGAUGCAUUGAUGCAAUGCAUCUCUGUGAGGAGAUGCUGAUUGGCCAGGACUGUCCCCUGCCCCGCCCCUUUGGGAAUCUCAGUCAAUCAUAUGCUUUCCAUAGGAAAGCAUUGUGAUUGGCUCAGAUCAUCAUCCCUUCUGAUGAUUUCAGCCAAGGAGGCGGGUCAAGGGCAGAGCUAGCACUAGCAGACUGGAAUAAAGGUAUGCUUGUACUAUGAUCCUUUAGUGUUAAAAUCACUGUUUGUGUUCCUGGCCCUAUACUUUCAUACUGGAGCAAUCAGACUGAAGGGAUUUUUCUGUUCUUACAAAUAUCUACCCUUUUCUCUCUUUUCUGCUCUUUAGGGUGAGCAUAGGAAAUAUACUGUAUCUAGAAAACAAUACGGUGUAUCCCUGUUUCGAUACUUUUGUGUCAAUCUGUUUGUUAGUACUCUAGAGAAGGUAUUAUGUAGAUAUUUGCAGAGACUGCAUUGAUACUACAAUACCCAAGUGAUGACAGAUGCCAAAUAUGCAAAGAAUUGACACCAAGUUGGGAAGUCUGGAUCUGGGCCGGCUAAUUAAACACUUGUGAUGCUGCUUGAAGUGAAUAAUGGAAAUAGUUAUGGUUCUUAUAGUAACCCUUUAAUAUAUGCUGCGUAUUACAGCAUAACGUAUCUGUUUAUGGUGUUGGUUUCUGUUUAACAAUACCGUUUGCCAAAAAUGGUUAGAAGAUGUAAAGCAUUGUGGGAUCCAUAAUCUUGUAUGGGUUUCCUAUGAAAUCUGCCUAAACACCAUCUAUAUAUUCCCUGUCCAACUUUCUUUGUGAUUAUUGAUACAUUGGGAAUGAUCCACCCUAGUCUGGAUGCAAUGUGGAUGGAAUUUGUAGUCACUCCACUUUACGCAUAUUGAAAAAAAACUUUAACAGUCACUAAUUGGUUAUGUCAAACAUGUCACAGAAUUCUGAGCAGAUGUAUAGGAGUAACAGUAUUGCGAGUAUUGUGUCUCAGAUCUUUAUUUAGUGUGCAUGAGUUUUUUUCCAGGUAUUCAUUGGCACGUUUGUUAAGUUCUGGGAUAGUCUUUUCAUGCAGCUCCAAAUGCAGAUUUCCAUCUUGUAAAAUAGUAAUUUGCAUAGGAUGCCUCAGGCACCAAAGUAAAUGUUUUAUAUCACCAGAUCUGUACAUUUGCUUGGAUUUCUUGUGACAAUAUAAUUGAAUUAAUGUAUUUUUGAUCAUAAUGCCAUCAAACAUUUUGAGCUCCAUGAAAGUUCUGUGUGAUCUGCUUCACGUCAUGACGCUAGAUUUUUACACUAUAUGCUCUAAUUUCUUCACAGGCAGCGGCAGGCAUUUUAUGUUACGUGGGAGCCUAUGUUUUCAUCACCUACGAUGACUACGACCACUUUUUUGAAGAUGUGUAUACCCUGAUUCCAGGUGUAAUAAUCAUAGCUGCAGGAGCCCUCCUGUUCAUCAUUGGUUUGAUUGGCUGCUGCGCCACAAUUCGAGAAAGCCGCUGUGGAUUAGCAACAGUAAGUACAUCAUGCCUCUAUCUAAUGCCUCAUCUGUUCUGCCAUACUUGUCAGUUAGAUUCAUUCACAUCUUAACAUGCAGUUGCAACAUGAGGAGUAUUGCACAAGAAAUGGACUGUUCCAAUUUUAAUGAAAUCCCAGCACUGUCUUUAUUCUAUCUUUAUGUAAAAUGUGAGUGUUGCUUUAUAAUGACAUGGCUCCAUUAUCAUUCUGGGACUGAGCUCACUGCAUGUUCUUCAGAUCUCGAUUUACACACCAUAAUUCACAUUUCAAAUACAAAUAUAUUUUGCUAACACAGUGUACAUUUUGUAUGUUUGUUUUACUUACCUGAAGCUCACGUAAUCUACACAGUUGUGGGUAAUUUGUCCACCUUAUGUAACCAGAGUAGUUUUUAUGUAUUUAAUGUAUUACCACCAACACAUAAUGUCCCUCAGCGCUGGGUCACGGUCCGCCCACGCUCCUUGGCCGCACUCGCAUUAGGAUUUCCCCAUAGAAACAUUAUCUGACGCUGGAGGUCCUUAUGUCCAGAGUCAGAUAACGGACCACAGGUCUGUUUCGAUUCCGGAAACCCUCUAGUGACUGUCUGGUAGUCAGCUACUGUGGGUAGACUUAGAGCUGCAAUAUAAACAUUGCAGUUCUCUGGAACUACAAUGUUUUACAUUGCAGCACUAAGUGCAAAAGGGACACAAAACCCAGACUACUUCAAUGAGCUGAAGUGGUCUGGGUUCCUACAGUGUCCCUUAAAACAAUUCUCAUAGCUCAAUAACCAGUUCACAUUUAUGAAAUGGUAUUGGUGCAUAAUUUUUUUGUUCUUUUUUAUUUUUUAUUUUAUUUUCUUGGCAAUGUUAACAUUAUAUCUAAACCACACCCCUAAUGGCCAACACACUGACAACCACAGGAGGUACUUCCUCAUUGGAAACCAUUAAAAAGUAAAGAUCUUCACGUUCAGCAUCAUUAUGCCCAACAUGAUGAUGUUGGAGGCUGGAGAUGCAUUGUAUUGGAAUAAGAUAAGGGCCGAGCAGCUGCCAAAAGUUGGGUUUCAUUUUCUUUAAAUACGCCUGCAAGGGAACGCUUGAAGGUUAAAAAUAUAUUUAUUAUUAACUUUAGGGUGUUCCUUUAAACCAAUAUAGAUCUGUUUUUUUUACUUCUCUUUUUUGAUGGAGAAUUAAAUAUUUUCUGUUAAAGAACUUACAUGGCAAGAUAAAAGUGAAGUUAAACUUCAGCUGUAAAAGUAACAAUAUCAGUGUUUGUGAGCUAAUUAAAGCAAAGCUGUGGAAUCCUCUACCAGUACUUCACGUUUUAACAUCGGAUUGUAUACUUGAUGUCCCCAUCAACAGCAGGACAAAGAGUGCAAUAUUUUAUAACAGAAGGAUGCCAUAUUGUGUUGUGUUUAUUUUUCUAUGUUACGGCUUAUUUUGGCUUUGAAUUUUUCCAAGCAAGCUAUACAAUAAAGAAUGACCAUAGUCUACCUAAGUAGUCCCUUCAGAUCCAGUUAGCAUGAUUGGGCAUGAUUUAUACUACAGUCUGCUAGAGUGUGGAUCUAUUAGUAAGAAUCAUUCAUAUUAACACGUUUAACUUUAGGAAAGUUAUUUCAUGAACACAAUUUAGACAUGAACUAUUGAGCUAUUCUUUAACACAUGGUAACGUCUGUAGCUGACUGAACUGUAACCUUGUUUUGCAGUUUGUGAUCAUCCUUCUUCUGGUGUUUGUAACGGAAGUUGUUGUAGUAGUCCUUGGAUACAUCUAUAGAGCAAAAGUAAGUCUUAUCAGCCCUGUUGGAAGGACAAUGAGAUGUGCACAUAUAUAUUGUAUAAUAGAAAUACCUCAUUGCCGAUUUCAAGCUUUUUUUUUUUUUUAAUACUUUGCUUAAAAAAUACAAUGGUGUGAAUUAGCCAAAAAUAUAAUUUAUGAACAGACAAAACUCCUUAACUUGUCCUUCAAUUAGUCCCUGCUCAGGAUCCAUCCAAGUCUUGCUCACUUGUGUCAUUAUGGAGAGAACCUAUAAGACUAGCUUAUCACACUGAUCCUGCCACAAAUAACAGACCCAUGCAGAAAUGCUGGCUAACUUAUAGUCUGUUCUCACUGUUCCAAAACCUUUUGGUUUAGGCUAUAUAUACCAUUACUAUCUGUGCUGUACACAUUACCGGGAUACUCCAGCUAUGCUCUGUGUUUACAGGUGCAAGAUGAAGUUGAUAAGAGCAUCUCAAAUGUAUUCCAGCAGUACAACAGCGUAUCCCCCGACUCAGCCAGCCGGGCCAUCGAUUAUGUCCAAAGGCAGGUAAGGUUGUCAUUCACAGUAGGUGAUCUGUUUUUCAGUAAGUUGCCAGGAAUUAUGCACACACAAAAAAGUGCAGUGCUAUUUAAAGCGGUGAUAAUGUGUGGGAUGAAACAAUUUGCUCGAAAUCUAAAAGCAAUGUUAUAUAGCGGAGUGAAAGAAAUCGUGUGGUUAUCACAUUUCUCUCCUUUUUCCAGUUACACUGCUGUGGAAUCCACAACUUUUCAGAUUGGGAGAAAACCCCCUGGUUUAUUGAAGCAAAAAACAACAGUGUUCCUCUAAGCUGCUGUAAAGAAACAGCUUUCAACUGCACAGGAAGCAUGAGCAGGCCUGGAGACCUGUACUCUGAGGUGAGCGGUAUGCACUUGCACUCCUGUUCUCAGUCAGAUUUAUCUACUGUUAAAAACCUAGAACAUCAACUGGCAAAGCACCAUGGGUUCUGUGGCUCAACAGGCAGGAACCCACCCUUUGGUCAGUCUGCCCUAAAAAUAAUACUAGAAUGUGCUGUGAUCAUUAUGACGUGGCCUUCAGAUACUUCGCUGAAACGUCACUGUAAGCAUAUUCUCAGCUCACUGUAGCUCUGGCUGUGCCACUCCAGGUUUGGGUUACUUGUGUUAAUUGUUCUCCAAUGCUGCACACGCAAACUUGAGCAGAGCGCUCUUCUGCCAGGAGAGAGCCAAGCCAUGGCUGUGCUGACAGCCAUAUUUACUAAAACAUAUGUAAACACAUGGCUACUCUACCCUCCCCCCUCCCCCCAUCCUCUUUCCUAUUCUCCUCCCAGCUGUAAAUACUUUCAUAUAACUAUUCAAUCUCCAUCUCUGUUCUUCAGGCCUCAUCACACACCCAAACUCAGUGAAGCUCUGCAUUUUUUCUCACCACUUCCCUCCCUCCCUCCCUCUUACAUAUAUAGCAUGUUCCACCAGCUGUUUGAGAUUCUCACUCAAUUACCUUUUCAUUCCCUUUGUAUUUUACCAAUAGCUGCUUCUCUCUGUUAACUAUUUUAGCCAUCACCUCCAAAUUUCCCCUGCUACCUCUUGUCUCUAAUCCCCCUGGUAUCCUUUAGAUUGUAAGCUCACGGGCUAUCUUGCUAAGCACUUUGUAUAAAGAGCUCCAAUGGCUAGAUAUCCGCUUACGGGCAGGGUUCUCUCUACCUCUUGUAUUUGUCUGUGUAUAUUGUACGUUCUCCACUAAUUGUACAGCGCUGCGGAAUCUGUUGGUGCUUUAUAAAUAAAAUGACAGCCAUGCUACAGGUACUCUCAGUUUACAGAGCAAUUCUACUCAUCCAAAGUGAAACUGCUCUUUAUGGAUGAAGUACUUAAGAAGGAGGUUUAUAAAAUAAGAAAAGACUAAACAACUGAUUGUAGGUCUAUUCCUGAUGUUGGAGCAGUCCUCUUGCAGGCAGACCUACUAUACUAUGAUUUUGGCUGGGAACUAUUAAGGUAUGUAUCUUUAAAUAGGUUUGGGCUUUUACAUUUUUUAUUUUUACUGCAUUUCAUUAAAUCUUUUUCAACUGAUCUUCCUUAACCCCUUAAGGACACAUGACACGUGUGACAUGUCAUGAUUCCCUUUUAUUCCAGAAGUUUGGUCCUUAAGGGGUUAAACUAAAAUUGUCAUUCUGAUGUCCUCAAUUCACAGUUUAAUUAAUAAAACCUAUUUAUGGUAGUCUGAUCAGCCCUUUCCUGAAUAUGCAUAGUUUAUCAGAUCACAAGGCAUCCUCCUUUGUCUGUUUAUAUGUAUGUGAACAGAUUUCUAUUUUAGUUCUCUGAGUGAUGCCAUUUCUCUUUUCUGAUUGUUUCCUUCUAUAGGGUUGCGAGGCACUAGUUGUUGAGAAAUUACAACAGAUAAUGAUGUAUGUGAUUUGGGCAGCACUGGCAUUUGCUGCUAUACAGGUGAGUUCUGGAUGGGGGUUAAGGGUUCACAUAUGUGAGGAUCUUUUUCCUUUUCAUUUUAGACAGUACAAGUAUGUAUUUACGUUUUUUGCUGCCCCCCAAAUCUGUGUGUACUUUAUUGUCCGUGCACAUAAAACUACCUAUUCACCUAGUAUGUGUGUGUAUGCUUGCAAUCAAAUGCAUACAUACAUACAUACAUACUUAGAAGCACGCCAGCAUGCAAAAUCAAAUACAUACAUACAAGCACACUAGCAUGCAGUAUCGCACACAUACUUGUUUAGUAGUGAUUAAAGUGUUAGGAAUACAAAACUGUAUUCCUACCACUAGUGUCCCUCUGCCUCCAUGGUCCACCUCACGCCUAUCAAGAAAGGGUUAAAAAAAUAAAAAUCUUUCUUUGAUUUACCUGAUUCCAGUGCUGAGGUGCUUUUCUAUGGGGUUUUACAAGAUGCUGGACGUCCAGCGUCAUUUCACGAAAUACCAGGUAGCACCUCUUGUGGAUGGCUUGGAAAACAGCCGCUAGAGGACAAGUAAACCUUGCAAUAUAAUGAAUGCAGUUUCUAAGAAACUGCAAUAAUUAACAUUGCAGGGUUGAGGGGACAGAGCACUGGUGUCUAUAGUUUCCCUUUAAGCAGGGGAGAUGUUCAGUGGCUUGCAUAAUCUCAUUCCUGCUCCUCCCCAGAUUGCACAGUGACAGGCAGUGGGUGUUGUUAUAUAUUUUUGCUUUGUGACAUAAAACAGGACCCAGAGGUUACUCUUUAGUGACGCCGUGUGCUGCAAUAGUGCUACACUGAGAACGGUCAACUCCCUUUUAGCACACCAAAUAGCUAAUUAAAGUACGACGUGUGCGUAUAUGGAAAUCCUCUGUGAGAUUCCUGAGCGUGGAUGUACUAUCAUAGCGUGGCAGAGGUAAUGUUGUUUUUGUUUUUUGUUUUUUCUUACCUCCUUUGCUAUAUUUACCCCCAUUAAGAAUGAGAGUUUCCAUUUGUUUAUUUGUUUUAGAAGACAGCAGCUGCACAAAACUGCUGCAAAGUUGCACUUUAUAGAAACUACACUUAAUAAUUUAGUGGUUUCUAUUGGCUUUCUAAACAGCUGGUCUCAAACAUAGAAACAUAGAAUGUGACGGCAGAUAAGAACCAUUCGGCCCAUCUAGUCUGCCCAAUUUUCUAAAUACUUUCAUUUGUCCCUGGCCUUAUCUUAUAGUUAGGAUAGCCUUAUGCCUAUCCCACGCAUGCUUAAACUCCUUAAAGGAUAACUAUAGUGUCAGGAAAACAAAUCUGUUUUCCUGACACUAUAGUGCCCUGAGGGUGCCCCCACCCUCAGUGUCCCCCUCCCGUGGUGCUCACUUUAUUCCAGCGCCAGGCUCCCUCGGCGCUGGUGACCUCUCCUCGCCGUCCGACGUCAGUGGAGCUUUCCUAUGGAUGCGAAAUUUGCAUCAGCUCUCUGAAACUGCUAUGUUUACAUCUGAAGUGUUGAAACCUGAGGGACAUUGCACCCAGACCACUUCAUUGAGCUGAAGUGGUCUGGGUGACUAUAGUGUCCCUUUAACUGUAUUAACCUCUACCACUUCAGCUGGAAGGCUAUGCCAUGCGUCCAUUACCCUCUCAGAAAAGUAAUACUUCCAAUAACUAGUAUUUAUAUAAUGCCUUUCUCCCAGUGGGACUCAAAUCACUUUUCAGUACACGCUUUCGGAAUUAACCAAACAGGCAGCUGAAUAGUAAUUAAUGGUACUCAUUUUAUCGACCUUGGAAGGAUGAAGGGCUGAGUUGACCCGCUUUGUAGUCAGGGAAUUUACCAACUGAGCUACCUCAAUAGUGCUAAAAAAUAGAGAUUCCUUGACCUGGAUUUGAACCGGGGUUGCUGCGGCCACGACGCAGAGUACUAACCACUAAAUGAUCACGGCACAACGGCCGAGCCAGGUAGGAUUUGAACCUACAAUCUUCUGAUCAAUAGUCAAUCAAGUGGCUAGUUAUCACCAGUGUUCUGGUGCUUUCUAAUUCAGUAAGAUUAUAUGUAACCAUACCUGUCUAACUUCUUUCAAACAUGUUUCCAUUGCCUGAAUAGCUUAAACUUGAAAUCUUAAUAUAUAUUUAACAGUUUACACAUAUAACUUGAUGUGCUUGUCUGAGGAGCAGAAGUUUGCAAAGUGCUUUUAUUUAAAGGGGCACUCCAUUCACAUAAACAUGUUGGGUGCAAUCUGUGGGUUAGGUUACAUUUAGUUAUGUAAGCUCGUUUGAGCAGGGCCCUCCUCUACCUAUUGUUCCUGUGUCACUGUGUAAUUGUCUAAUUUAUUGUAAAUUUCCCCCCCUUUCAUAAUAUUGUAAUGCACUGCGGAAUUAGUAGGCGAUAUAUAAACACCAAUAAUAAUAUUAACUGUGAACGUAAUGUAAUGACGAUUUCUGAGAGGUGAACUUCAGCUGUUAGCUUUCUUCUAUAAAAAGUGGACAACUCAACCACAAGCUCCUUUAAGACUAGUGCUCAGCAGAUCUAUAAAAAUGAAGUGAGCAACUGUUUUAGUGAGUGCUCAGUGUAGAAUAUGCACAGCCUGUGGGGGUUUAAAUGUGAGUAUUUAAUAAUGUAUUGAUUUUGUAUAUAUUUUUAACUCAUCACCUGUAAAAUAUGCUUAAAAAUGUGUCGGCUCCAACCGGGACUGUCUCAUUUAUUCAAAAUGAGUAAACUGCUUUAAUGUUUUACGUUUUUUCUAAAUGUACUUUUCCAUAGCUCCUGGGAAUGCUGUGUGCCUGCAUUGUUCUUUGCAGAAGAACCCGCGAUCCUGCCUAUGAACUGCUUAUAACUGGCGGUACCUACGCAUAAGAUACACCAGGCUUUCUUGACCCUUGUGCUUUGGAUCCUUAACCCUACCUGUCCAAGAGGGCACUGCAGCGGGAUGCGGGCUCCCCUUGUCUACCUUGACUUCACACAGCUGAUGUUAUCUUGAAACUGACUGUUUAUCUCUGCCCUCGGCCUGUCACUUCAGUAGACUUUUUUUUUUUUUUAAUGCUAAUUUUUAGGUUUUAGCAUUGGUAGUUGUUGUUAGUUGUAUAAUAGCAAAGGAAAGCAGCAUUGUGGCAUAAUUAUUGCUCUGUGCCCACUCUUAAGUAAAAACCUGAGCCAGCGUUCAGAGCAGUGCCUUACAAAAUGCUGCGGAGUGUGAGUGCUUGCUGGUAUUACUGAUUGACGUUUGUUUCACUUGUAUCAUGCACAUAGAGGGCCUCUCACCCAGCGGACAACAUCAGUAUUGCUUAAAACACCUAAAUGGAACUGGAAAGGUACAAUAUGUAUUGUCGACAAAUUUGCCUGUUAUUUUUAGGAUAAUGAAGAAAUGUUUAAUCCAUAUAUGGAUUGUAUGAUGUGAAUUAUCUGAGAUAAUUGGGUCUCGUUCUCGUUGAUGUCUUAUGGCUUAUCCAUCAUGUGUGAUGAUACUACUGAAAGAGUCAAAUUCUCUCUUUCUCUUUGACUCCUUUAUGGGAAAAAAAGUGUUUUCAAAAUGCUAUAAAACACUGUCUACAUCUGUUAUCCUUGUGAUAAAGACUGGGUUUAAAUAUACUUUAAUUUGCAGUGAUCUAAGAGGUUUUGAGAAUUGCUUUCGAUGUUCCAGAGAUUAAGUCCUCUCUUUUAACCCUUUAAGCAUUCUGUGGUGUGCAGUGAGGCGUUCGGAACACCUGGCACCCAAAGAGUUAAUAUGCACCUAGUAGUUAAUGCUUUUACCUGCAAUGCUGCUUUAACAUAUACCUGCAAACAGGGUAGGAAGCAUGUGUCCCUUUACUAAGAACCUGUGUAAAGAAGCCCCGUUUUAUUUCUCUGUCUCCAAUUUAGUUUUAAUAUAAAACAUAUAAACUGUUGCUUUAUAUGAAACAAGCCAUUGAUUAUGGCUUAUUUAUCCAGUACUGCAAGGAGGCUGUUGUAAACUGAAAUUGGAAUACACACCGAGAGGAGGAAAGAUCCUUGGUGUAAGGACCUGCCUUCUCUAACUGGACUGCACACUGGACACUAUUAGCACUCUAUCACACCCCUCCCCGGCCCCCCAUCCCUAUUUAAAGCUGAGCAGGUCAAUUUCCAAAACCUAAUUUUUCUGCAAAUCAUAUGUACUACUGUUAAUGUUGUUUUUUUCCCCUCCCUUACCUUAUUUCCCACUGUACUUCGGAUGGUGCAAACAUUAGAAAUGUAGAUAUAUCUUGAUACAUUUUCCCUAACUGAAACUGACCUGUAAAUAGUGACUGAUUCAAUAAAAUAUACAUCCACCCAAAAAAAAAAA